UGACUAAUAUUUAGAAAAUAACCAGGCCAACUUUUAUGCUUUACUUCUAAGUGAAUAUUGACUGUAUUUAAGAGUAAUUGCUUGCUUGCUUUUUCCUUAUUCUUUUUUUUUCUUUCUUUCUUUUUUUUUUAAAAAAGGUUUGCUAAUCCUGUGUGGUAGGCAAGUGUCAGAUAUUACAUGCUGUACUUGACAGCAUUGUUGAGGAAAAACAGAAAAAGACAGGGAAAGGGCCACAGCCUUUUCUUUCUCCCAAUUCACUCUGAUCAUUCUGCUACUUAGAGAGAAUGUGCGUGUGUGUGUAUCUGUGUAUCUGUAGACUGAAGGGUUAGUGCAGGAUGUCAUUUGGUGCCUGACAGUGGAGCAGUGCAGUUGACUCUUUGCUCUGCUAUCCAAUGACAUCCAGUGGCUGAGAGUUUGAAGCUGAUGGUUGGGUCUCCUUAGUGCUGCAUGCACACCUGACAGGCAGCUGUUAAACUGAGCAAAGGCGAGCUUGGGGAGUCACAAUCUAUGCAUAAAUGAUAGGGGUAUCUGUGCUGAAGUCAGAAGAGGCAGAAGUGGAUGUGAGAGACAGACACACACAGAGACACAGAGAGCGAAAGAGGGCAAGAGACUUGACUUUAAGAGACUCCUGCACUGACAACUCCAUGCAGUUCGGAACAAGAACGGCAGCGACCGACUCUGGUUUCAUGGGGACAUGGCAGAACACUGACACUAACCUCCUGUUCAGAAUGUCCCAACAGGCCAUCCGCUGUACACUGGUAAAUUGCACAUGUGAAUGUUUUCAGCCAGGAAAGAUUAACCUGAGAACCUGUGAUCAGUGUAAACAUGGCUGGGUGGCACAUGCUUUGGACAAGCUUAGUACUCAGCACCUCUACCACCCAACCCAAGUGGAGAUUGUGCAGUCCAACGUUGUGUUCGACAUCAGCAGCUUGAUGCUCUACGGUACCCAGGCUGUGCCUGUGAGACUGAAGAUACUACUUGAUCGACUCUUCAGUGUACUGAAGCAAGAGGAGGUGUUGCAUAUUCUACAUGGCUUAGGCUGGACACUUCGAGACUAUGUUCGAGGCUACAUCCUUCAGGAUGCUGCAGGCAAGGUGCUGGACCGCUGGGCAAUCAUGUCCAGGGAAGAAGAGAUCAUUACCCUUCAGCAGUUCCUGAGAUUUGGAGAAACCAAAUCCAUUGUGGAGCUGAUGGCAAUUCAAGAAAAAGAAGGGCAGGCUGUGGCUGUGCCAUCUUCAAAGACAGAUUCAGAUAUAAGAACUUUUAUUGAAAGCAAUAAUCGCACCAGGAGCCCAAGUCUCCUUGCUCACCUGGAGAAUAGCAACCCUUCCAGCAUUCAUCAUUUUGAAAACAUCCCGAAUAGCCUUGCAUUCCUGCUUCCAUUCCAGUACAUAAAUCCAGUCUCUGCUCCGCUGCUGGGGCUGCCUCCAAAUGGCCUCCUGCUGGAACAGCCAGCAAUGAGGCUCCGUGAACCAAGCCUUACAACCCAAAAUGAAUAUAAUGAGAGCAGUGAAUCUGAAGUUUCCCCUACACCUUUCAAGAAUGAGCAAACAUCCAGCAGGAAUGCUUUGACCAGCAUCACAAAUGUUGAACCCAAAACUGAGCCAGCCUGUGUCUCUCCUGUUCAGACACCUACGCCUGUCAAUGAUUUAUCGAAACCAGAACAUACUAAAAGCUCGUUCCGCAUUCACAGAAUGAGGAGAAUGGGGUCUGCCUCCAGAAAAGGAAGAGUGUUUUGUAAUGCAUGUGGCAAAACUUUCUAUGACAAAGGUACUCUUAAAAUCCACUACAAUGCCGUUCACCUCAAAAUCAAGCACCGGUGCACUAUUGAGGGCUGCAACAUGGUCUUCAGCUCUCUCAGAAGCCGCAAUCGUCACAGUGCUAACCCCAACCCCCGCCUCCACAUGCCUAUGCUAAGGAAUAAUCGAGACAAAGAUCUAAUUCGUGCUACAUCAGGUGCUGCCACUCCAGUCAUAGCAAGUACAAAAUCCAACCUAACUUUAACAAGCCCUGGGCGUCCACCGAUGGGAUUUACCACUCCCCCUCUAGACCCUGUGCUACAGAAUCCUCUUCCCAGCCAGCUGGUGUUUCCAGCUUUAAAGACUGUCCAACCUGUUCCUCCUUUUUACAGAAAUUUACUUACUUCUGGAGAGAUGGUGAGUCCUCCAACCUCCCUCCCUACCAGUCCAAUAAUACCAGCAUCAAGUGGCAUGGAGCAGCAUGCCCCUCCUCCUUCAGAGUCAUCGAUUCCAUCAGUGCUGAUGCCCACUCCAGAGCCUAAUACUGAUCUUGCCCCGAAGAAGAAGCCAAGGAAGUCAAGCAUGCCAGUUAAAAUAGAAAAGGAAGUUAUUGAUACUGCCGAUGAGUUUGAUGAUGAAGAUGAAGAGGUGAAUGACAGCAGUACAAUGGUGAAUGACAUUGGUCAUGACAAUCACUGCCAUUCUCAGGAAGAAAUGAGCCCAGGCCUGUCAGUGAAAGACUUUUCUAAAACUGACAGAAGCAGAUGUAUUACCCGACCAGAUAUAAGAAGGGCAGACAGCAUGACGUCAGAAGACCAAGAGCAUGACAGAGACUAUGAAAAUGAGUCGGAGUCAUCAGAGCCCAAAUUGUGUGAGGAAUCCAUGGAAGGUGAUGAUCGCCUCCAUGAACCUGGUGAAAAAUCUAUGAUGCAUAGUGACAGACCAGAUGAAAACCACAAUGACUCUUCUAACCAGGAUGUCAUUAAGGUGAAGGAAGAGUAUACAGACCCUACAUAUGAUAUGUUCUACAUGAGCCAAUAUGGACUGUACAAUGGAGGCAGUGCCAGUAUGGCUGCCCUUCAUGAAAGUUUUGCAUCCACAUUCAACUAUAGCAGCCCUCAGAAGUUCUCCCCAGAAGGUGAAAUGUGCUCAAGCCCAGACCCCAAGAUCUGCUACGUGUGCAAGAAGAGUUUCAAGAGUUCCUACAGUGUGAAACUUCACUACAGGAACGUUCAUUUAAAAGAAAUGCAUGUCUGCACGGUGGCUGGCUGUAACGCUGCGUUCCCAUCACGGAGAAGCAGAGACAGACACAGUGCUAAUAUAAACCUGCACCGUAAACUGUUGACCAAAGAACUGGAUGACAUGGGCCUGGACUCCUCACAGCCUUCUCUUAGUAAGGACCUCCGCGAUGAAUUUUUGGUGAAGAUAUAUGGCGCUCAGCAUCAGAUGGGGCUUGACAUAAGGGAAGACACCUCCUCACCUGCUGGUACUGAGGAUUCCCAUAUGAAUGGGUACGGCAGGGUCAUGUCAGAAGACUAUAUGGUCCUAGACCUGAGCACCACCUCCAGCAUCCAGUCCAGCAGCAGUAUCCAUUCCUCAAGAGAAUCUGAUGCAGGAAGUGAUGAGGGCAUUCUCCUGGAUGACGUCGAUGGGGCAAGUGACAGCGGGGAGUCUGCCCACAAAGCAGAUGCCCCUGCCUUAGCUGUAGGUAUGGGCACCGAUGUCCCAGGAUCCCUCAUGUUCAACAGUGUUUCGGUGAGCAACGGUGGGAUAAUGUGUAACAUUUGCCACAAAAUGUACAGCAACAAGGGAACCCUCAGAGUGCACUAUAAAACAGUGCACUUGCGAGAGAUGCACAAAUGCAAAGUCCCUGGGUGCAACAUGAUGUUCUCCUCUGUCCGUAGCCGAAACCGGCACAGUCAGAAUCCCAACCUGCAUAAAAACAUUCCCUUCACUUCAGUAGAUUAGUUCAAGGAUGGACACGGCAUAAUGCCAGCUCUCAGAGAAGGCCCACCGCAUUUGAACUGCCACAUACAGCCUCCCUUGAUAUAUAUAUAUAUAUAUAUAUAUAAAUAUACAUAUAUAUAUAAUCUUUUUCUUUUCUUUUCUAACAAAAGAAAGAAACACCAGGUGCUUUUUUUCCCUUUAUUGGUUGUUGGUUUAUUUUUUUUUCCUUUUGGGGGGGGGGGAUAGAAAUAUAAAAGGGGGAUCUUUAAACUGGGGUGAAAUAUCCUUCAAGAAAAAAAGCAAACAAAAGCAAAAAAAUUAACACAGAGAAAACCUGCAAUUGUCCCUAGUUCUGUUAGAAUGUUCUUGGUCAUCUCCAAAGAGACAAUUUGUUCUACCCAUGACUUUCACCUGAAAAAAAAAAAAGCAAAGGAAAAAAAAGAAAAAAAAAUCUACUUAGUUGUCUUUGUGUCUUCUAAGCAUUGGGGAUAACGUUCUACUAAGCAUGGCUGUUACACUUGUAUAUAUAUAUUGAGCCUUGACAGGCCUAUGAUGUAAAACAAUUGUAUUGAUGGUGGUUUAACUCUUAUUUUUUUGCUUAAUUUUUACAGUUACAUUCAGCUGUUAGAUAAGCAGGAAAAAUAGGUUGCUGGCUAGUUCUACUCAUUUAUGUUAGCUUUAAUGCACAUUUUUAAAAGAACCACGGUCUUGUUUUAACUACCUGCUAGAUAUAAGUAAUACAGAGGUGCUGGCAUGCUUUACAGUACCUGAUCUGAUACAGUUCUUUUGUCUUGUACUAUUACAUAAAUCCAGUCAUGCACUUUUUCGUACACUACAAGGGGAUGUGUAAUAAUAUCCAUGCUUUUUUUUUUCUUAAACUAUUGCCAUAUUUUCAGUAAGUGUCUUUAAAAAAAUACACUUAGAUAAAAGUGGUCUGGUCAGUAUGAGGGCAUGAAUGCCAAACAAAGAGUAUUAGUGUUUAGUGUUAAUACAAAAGUGCCAACUUUGCACACAUUUUAAAAAAAAAAAAAAAAAAAAAAAAAAGAAAAUGUAGUUACUUAUUCACCAUAACCACAAUUGUAGUUUUUGGACUACAGUAAAAAUUACUGGGGAAGGAAAAGGGGUAAAGUGAAAUACAAAAUUCUUGGUGCUUUUUUCAAGUGCCAAGUAGUACUAGAAACAAUAGAGCAUCCUCAUUCCUUAUAUAAUACAUUAUGUGAAAGAAAAAACAGAGUUGUGUCAUGUGAAUCAGUGGAAACUCUUUUUUUGUUGAACAUGCAUAAUAUUUGGGGAUAUAAAUGCUGAUACUACUUGUCACAGAACAAAGAUGAAUAUAAUUUUGUGUGCUUCUUACUAUGGCCUGGAUUCUUUGUGGUGUUUAAAAAAAAAAAAAAAAGGAACAGGGAAAUAAUGUUGACUAUGUUGUUCUGUAAAGUUGUCUUUUUUUUUUUUUUUUUUUUUUUUUCUGCAAUGGAAAGUGCUGUAGUAUGAUUAAGGCAUGUUUUAUAGAAGCAAUCAAAAGAAAUUAAUGUCAGAAGCACUUAGCUCUGAAAACAUAUGCUGGACUUUUUAUUGGGUAACUUUCCCUUUGGAUAAAUGAGAGGCCAGAAAAAGGAUCUCUAGGUGUGUUAAUGUUUUGUGUUUCACCCACAUGGUUUGUCAGAAAAGAACUAAAGUCCAAGGAAUAGAGCAUGCAAGAGAGAUACCAUGGGCAGGAGCAGGAGAAGGAGCUAUCAAUUGAGAAAGACAGAAAGAAGGAGAGGCUGUCCUCUGAAUCUCUUUUUGUUUCCGGUGUUUACACAUGUUGCUUGAGCUGGUAAACCACACUGGCAGCCUGAGUUACCACAACAUACUGACUGAGUGGUGGUAUUUACUUAAGUUCAGCCUACAGCCAAAACCAUUAGGGUGUGUAGAGUUGUAGACUCUUUUCUUUACCAAAAAAAAAAAAAAAAAAAAAAAGCAAAAACAACGAAAAAGGAUAUUUCAGCAUACAAUAAAAUAUUUGUUCAUUGAGAAUGUGUUCCUUUUCUGUAUUUACUGACCCAGAAUAUUAUUAACCAAGAGUCAGAAAUGCUUCUUUUGCUUCAGCUUGUGGCUGUUUUGAUUUGCUGUGCAUUUUGAUCAUUCUUACCUUUAUGUCCACUUGAGUACUUACACUUGUUACACUUUCUAGAGGAACCUCUUAAUAUGGAUUUCCUCUUUUUUCACUCUUUAUGCAUUUCAGUACUCUUGUUUCCAAAAGUAGGAAUCAACAGCUAAUAAAUCAGUACUUCCAGCUGUAGAAAAGAAGAGAAAAAUCUUUCUAAAUGAAUUCUCACUAUGGUUCUGUGGGUUACAAGCCUCUGAUCAUUUUUUGAUUCUGUGCACUGAUGAAGCCCCAAAAACUUUAGUGGAUCCCACAGAAAACAUAAGGAAAUUUUACCUUCUGGUUUAACAAAAAAAAAAGUUUAUAGCAAAAGCUAACCAGUUUCACUGAGUGUUUUUCUUUCAUCUUUUUUAUUUUUCCUCAAAGUCUCUACUACUUUGCCUUGUUAAAUUGAGUAUAGUGGUCUGCUUUGCUUUGUGUUAUGUUGUGCAAACUCAGUGUGUUAGUGACAGAGGGAAAUUAGAACAGUAAAGGUGGAUUCUUCUCAAACACAUGGACCUUUGUAGUGUUAUCUGUACUGCACUCCCAUCCUUCCUCCCAAGCUACUAUGAACAAAGCAAGACAUAAGUCUAAAACCAAUACAACAAAAAUUAAAUGAUAUCUACAGGAGAAAAAAAAAACCACUAAAACACUGUUUUGAACUAUGUAUGAUACAAAUAAAUAUUGUUUUUAAUGAAAAACACAUUUGAGGUAUAUAAAUAAUUCCUCACUGAAUGAAUCACUGUUCUGCAUUCUUAUUUCACUCUGUUUCUGUUAGAGGUCAAAUGGUUUUGGUAAACUUGUUCGAAAACUUAAACAUCAUCAGUAGAUAAAUUCAGCAGAUGAAUUACAUAGGAAAAAUCUGUUUAUUACACAAAAUGAAACAGGACUUCAUAAAAAGCAAAGGAGCAUGGACAAACCUCCAAAAACUAUUACAAACUCCACAAUUCUACUUUUAUGGCAGCCUAAAUUUCAUUCAGAUUGUGCUUAAACCCUGUAGAAGAUACAGUCUCCAUGUAAGAGAAUUUUGUGAUGGACAGAAUAUCGCUCACUGUUAUUUAUAGGUGAAUCAAGUGCUUUUUCAGUGCUAGUGAUAUUAGAGUCAGAACAGUCUAGGUUUUAGGAGGGCACAAAACUUCCAUUGAAUUGAAUGGUAUUUUCCUCCUUCCUAUUUACCAAGCAUCUCUAUGAGAAUCUGUAUUUAUCAGAAAUGUUCCUGUGAUAGAAUUUGUAUUACUUGAAAUUUUCUGAACAAUGCUAAAAAAGGCCAGAUGGUAGAAUUUUGGUUUUACUGACAAAAUUAACACAACAGCUAGCAUUUCUAAGUGAUCUCAGCAGAGACGCACACUGUAAUCAGCUUAAAGACUGAACCUCUGAUUUGUCCAGCCCAGGGCAUGAGUAUAAUGGUGUGAUGACAAGACAAGUGUGCUGUUGCUUAUGCCAUCAUAACCUGUGGCUAUUCUCUCAGUUUUCAAGACUGUCAGUCUAACCCCUUUUACAAGAAUUAGGCUGAAUUUGAGGAAGGGGAGUUACACAGAGGCUCUUCAUUUUACAUGGAAUUGGUUCCUUGUUGUUUAGUUCCUAUAGUUAUUGCAGACAUGCUUUCCACAGUGUUUUACUGUUUUGUUCAUUCAAAGUAGUUGUAUGUUUCUGUAAAUAUCAAACAGGCUUUGUCCACUUUUACAAAAAAUAACUCUGCAUGCUGAAUCUCCUCUAGAAACAGAAUUACUUCUCUUGAGGUCUUUAAGCAUUUUUCUUUCUUUUGGAGAGCACUUUUUUUUUUUUUUUUCAGGAAAGCAUGCGAUGCCAGUUAAUCACUACGUAUCUUUUGAAAAACAGUGCUAAAAAAAUUGGAAGGAAAACAGCACAGUCAAAGCACAUGAAUUGGAACCAGGAACUGAGCAUUAAUACCACUAGUGGCCUCAUCUCACUGCUUAGUUUUUGGCAGAUCACAUAACUCACCUGUUUAUGUUUCACUCCAUUAAAACAUGGCUAAUACUAAUAUGAUCUUAGUCCAUAUGGGUGUUUCUAUGAGGACUAAUUAUUUAGUGUUCGUACGGAGCUAAUUUAAAUUUUAAAAAUUUCUGCACAUCUUACAGUAUUUAGCCAGUUUUUCUGAGCUGUAUCUUAAACAGAUACAUUUUGUUACAGCUGAGAUUUUAACUUUGCCUCUUAAACUGCAACUGGCUCCAUGGUGACACUUUAGUAAUGCACACAAAGUAUAAGCUCUCUGUCACUGAGUCACAACUGAACUUGAUAAAAUGUGGAAGGUAUAGAUUUAAAAGCCUGUAAUCGCUUACACAGUAGUCUGAAAGAUCUCUCAAAGGCUUUUCAUGACUAAGCUCAUAAAAUUUGUGUUUCUCAGAUACCUCACACAGCAGAAAUUGUGCACCAUAUUUGCUGUGAGUAAACUUCAGUAUAUUUCCUUCCUUCCUUCCUUCCUUCCUUCCUUCCUUCCGUUGUGGAAAUGAAAGUGUUUCAUUCCUUCCUUCCUUCUUUCCUUCCUUCUUUCCUUCCUUCCUUCCUUCCUUCCUUCCUUCCUUCCUUCCUUCCUUCCUUCCUUCCGUUGUGGAAAUGAAAGUGUUUCAUUCCUUCCUUUCCUUCCUUUCCUUCCAUCCUUUCCUUUCCUUCCUUUCUUCCUUCCUUCCUUCCUUCCUUCUUCCUUCCUUCCUUCCUUCCUUCCUUCCUUCCUUCCUUCCUUCCUUCCUUCCUUCCUUCCUUCCUUUGUGGAAAUGAAAUUGUACUUUCUCUGCCUGUUCCAGAAGUUUAUAAUUUCCCAUCACCUAUGUGUUUUCCAUUCUGUCCACAAAACAGGAACUGUUUAGGAAGAAGAGUCAACAGGUACUGAACAGUAAAGCAGAUGCCAGGGGAGGUCAGCACCUCUGUAGAUCCAGUAAAAUACAGUUAAUAGAAAGUGACUUCAAACACUUGAGGCAUACACUUGAGUUUUCCCUGAUUUUUAUUCUUCUCAGUUAACGCAGUUAAGGGUCUAGCAUAGCUAACUACAUGGGGUAGGAAUGUACCUAAGAAGACAAAGAGCUGUGUAAGUAUCUGGAAAACCCAGAAACAUAAUGAUACAGGGUUUGAUCUGUUCCAAAGAUAGGAACCACUUACAAGAAUAAGCUUUAGUUCCAGGAUAUUCUCUUUCAAUGAGUUUGGUAUUUUAAAAUCAAAUUACAUGGUUUGGACCUGCUUUUUGAUAGGAUUGUAAGAAAACAGGGCAUCUUUUCAGAAAUAUAUUUUUACUCAAAUUCUGCAGGACAUUUUCACAGCAUCAUUGAUGGCUGAGGAAGGAAUAACGGAGGGAAAGUGUUUGAUCUAGAAGUGCACACAUGCUCCUCUAAAUGUUACAUGCCAGUUAUGUGAACAGAAAUAUUAGCACUUCUUCUGUUUUUGUCACUUUUCUCUUUGGGUUGUAUUAACAGAAUUGUUCUUUUCUUAUUUCAAAAAAGCAGCAAAGGUGUCUGUAGUAAGGGCAAGGAGGCAGCAGGAGUUCUCUGCGAGGAGGAGAAGGUGAGUGGCAGACACAUGAUGGCAGCUGGUAUAUGUCAGUUCCUUUUUUUUUUUUUUUUUAAACUUAUGUCACUACUUUGCUGCUAUAGUAACUCAACAAAACAGUGACUCUAGUGCUACUUUUUGAGAUAAGCAUCAGCAUAGCCUGCUGUCGCCACAUGAUGAGCUGGGCUUUUUCCCCCUUCUGUACGGACAUAAAAGGAACUCUUUUCCAUACCCAUUUUUUCUUUAUGAACAGAGCAACAUGACACGAUGGACUGAACCUUUCACCCACACAUUUGCCCAAGUACGUGUCUGUUCUAGUCCCAUGGUUUCUGUCUCUUCUUGCCAAGCAGCAUUAUCACUGUCUUUAAAAUGGCUGGCAACAAAGGGAAGCAGCAACUUUUUUACAUGAGUAAGAUAUCUUGAGUCUGUAGUUAAGUAGUCUUUAUGUGGCUUGUUUUCCUCAGUCAAGCCAUGAUCUUGAAUAGCAACUUGAAUGACAACUUUGAUUUUGAUAUUGAUCAUGUAUAUCCCAAUACUGUUGCUGUUACAGCAUUGUUGGCACUGGCACUGAAAGGAAAACAGUUCUUGGCCACAAAGGGGUUAAAAAAUGGACAUGUUUUUGAUGAGUCCUCUGACUUUUGCCAGUAUUAUUGCUCAUUAUGAUGACACUGUAUUUUUUUUUUAAAUAGCAGCUGU